AUGACAUGUGGUGUGGAUGAGUUCCGCUGCAAGGACUCAGGGCGCUGCAUCCCGGCACGCUGGAAGUGUGACGGAGAGGAUGACUGCGGGGAUGCUUCGGAUGAGCCCAAGGAAGAGUGCGACGAGCGGACAUGUGAGCCAUACCAGUUCCGCUGCAAGAACAACCGCUGCGUGCCCGGCCGCUGGCAAUGUGAUUAUGACAAUGACUGCGGGGACAACUCUGAUGAAGACAAGUGUGUGCCUCGUCAGUGUUCAGAGAGCGAGUUUUCCUGCACAAACGGCCGUUGUAUUGCCGGGCGCUGGAAAUGUGAUGGGGAUCACGACUGUGCUGACGGUUCAGAUGAGAAUGACUGUGAUGUGAAGUGUGACAGUGAUCAGUUCCAGUGCAAAAAUGGCCAUUGCAUCGCCAUCCGCUGGCGUUGUGAUGCUGAUGUUGACUGCUUGGAUGGCAGUGAUGAGGAGAAAUGUGACGGCGGUGUGGAUAGACACUGCCCCCUGGACGAGUUCCAGUGCAACAACACUCUCUGUAAACCCCUGGGCUGGAAGUGUGAUGGCGAGGAUGACUGUGGAGACAACUCAGAUGAGAAUCCAGAAGAGUGUGUUAAAUUCCAGUGCCCACCCACAAGGCAGUUCCGCUGUCAUAAUGAUCGUGUGUGUCUGCCUUUAUCAAAACGCUGUGAUGGUGUCAACAACUGUGGGGACAACAGCGAUGAAGUCAACUGCCCAUCGUUUCCUUCCAAACCUGUAUGUCAAAAAGAUGAGUUCCAGUGCUCCAGCGGCCAUUGCAUCAGCUCUGUCCUGCGCUGCAACUACUUCAAUGACUGCGAGGAUUAUGGUUCUGACGAAAUCAACUGCAAUAAGAAAGACACGGUGCUGAACGACUGCCGCAGUAACAGGACAGUGUGCGGAGACGGAGACGAAGCUCAUUGUGUGGUGAACGGCACCGACUCCUUCUGCUCCUGCAAACCCGGCUUCCAGUCCAAUGGACGCAACAGAUGUGAAGAUAAGAACGAGUGCCAGCAAUUCGGAGUGUGUUCCCACAUCUGCAACAAUACUAAGGGUUCCCACAAGUGCAGCUGCCACAAGUACUUCACCAGAAUCAAUGACACCUGCAAGGCUGAUGCUCCAAGACAAGUGCUCUACAUCGCUGAUGACAGUGAAAUACGUAGCCUGGACCCUUCCAUGCCAAACUGGCGCUAUGAGCAGGUCUUCCAGGGCGAUGCCAACGUUCGCAUUGAUGCCAUGGACCUGCACGUCAAGGCGAACCGCAUUUACUGGACGAACUGGCACACAGGGCGGAUUUCUUCCUAUGAUUUGCCUUCCUCCUCCUCCUCCCCCAAUAGCAACCGCAACCGAAGGCAAAGUGAAUCAAGGGUCACAAACGUGGAGAUUCCUGAUUUGAAGAUGCCCCGUGGCAUCGCUGUGGACUGGGUGGCAGGGAACUUGUACUGGACCGACUCUGGUAGAGACGUCAUUGAGGUGGCCCAGCUGAGUGGAGGACGCCACCGCAAAACCCUCAUCUCCGGCAUGAUUGAUGAGCCUUAUGCCAUCGUGGUCGACCCCCAGAGAGGGAAAAUGUACUGGGCAGACUGGGGGAACCAUCCCAAGAUUGAAACAGCUGCUAUGGAUGGAACCAUGAGAGAGACACUGGUGGAGGAAAACAUCCAGUGGCCAACUGGUCUGGCGGUGGACUACUUCAAUGAGCGUCUGUUCUGGGCCGAUGCUAAACUCUCCUUGAUCUGCAGCGUGAGGCUUAAUGGCAGCGAUGUGGUUGUGGCUGUAAACAGCAUUAAGAACAAGCUCCAUCAGCCCUUCAGCAUCGAUGUCUUUGAGGACUACAUCUACGGCGUCACCUACAUCAACAACUAUGUCUUCCGAGUGAAUAAGUUUGGCAAAGGCCCCAUAGAGAACCUGACCACUGGAAUGAACCACGCCACAGAUAUAGCUUUGUACCACCGCUACAAGCAACCUGAGAUGACUAAUCCCUGCGACAGGAAGAAAUGUGAAUGGCUGUGCCUGCUGAGCCCCAGCGGACCAGUCUGCAUCUGUCCCAACGGACGCACGCUGGACAACGGCACAUGUGUGGAGCUGCCCACUCCCACACUGUCUCCUAUCUCUCCUCCCAGCGGUUCCUGCUUGAUCCAGUGUAUGAACGGUGGCAGCUGUUUCCUGAAUGCCCACAAGCAGCCCAAGUGUCGCUGCCAGCCUAAUUAUGGAGGAGAUCGAUGUGAGAUUGACCAGUGCAGGGACUACUGCAAGAAUGGAGGCACAUGCACACCUUCCCCUACAGGUUCUCCCACGUGUCGAUGCCUGACGGGCUUCACAGGGCCAAACUGUAACCUGCGCACCUGUAAGGAUUACUGCAAAAAUGGAGGCAACUGUACAGUCAGUGCCGGAAACCAGCCAACCUGCAAGUGCCCGUCUGACUUCCUGGGCGACCAGUGCCAGUACAGAAGCUGUGAAGGCCACUGCCAGAACAAAGGUACAUGUCUACAGAGUGAAAACGGCUCCAAACUGUGCCGCUGUCUGCCUCAGUACACCGGCAACACAUGUGAGAUUGACAAGUGUCACUACUGUCGUGAUGGCGAGUGUAUUCCCAGCGACAGUUUCACAUCUACAGGGGACUUCUCCUGCCGCUGCACAAAUGGAAGAGUUCAGCCCAGCUGUUACACAUGUGAUACAAAUGAGUACUGUGCAAAUGGCCAGUGCUCUAUAAACCCCAACACCAGGCUUCCAGAGUGCAGAUGUUCACCUGGCUGGGCGGGGCAUCGCUGUGAGUCCGUAGCCAACACUAACGGUGCCUCAGGUUCUGGCGGACGCACAGCCUCCAUAGUGAUCCCUGUGCUGCUGCUGUUGCUGCUGAUUCUGCUGGCUGCAGGAGCGUUGUUCUGGUACAGGAGAAGGAUGAGAGGGGCCAAGGGCUUCCAGCACCAAAGGAUGACCAACGGGGCUAUGAAUGUUGAGAUUGGAAACCCUGCCUACAAGAUCUACGAGGGCGAGCCGGAUGAUGACGCUGGGGAGCUGCUAGACGCUGACUUCACGCUCGACCCAGAUAAGCCCACCAACUUCACAAACCCAGUAUAUGCCACUCUGUACAUGGGAGCACACAACAGCCGCAACUCUCUGGCCAGCACAGACGAGAAGAAGGAGUUGCUAUCACGUGGAGACGAGGAGCCCCUCGUGGACCCCCUGGCAUAGACUGUCCAUUGGCCCUGGAUCACGCUACUCCAAACACACCCCUAUUCUUGCCUUUUGAAGAAAAACGAAACACAAAAAAAAUCGAUAAAAAAGUGUGAGAGAAAAUUGAUAAAAAAGUGUGAACACUGUAUAAAAUGUACAAAAAUGAAGGACUACUUUUGUAUGUGAUUGCAGUAUUAUAUUUUGUUCUUUUGAGAUUCCUCUGGUCAAAAAUGAAUAACAUUUUCUAUGAGAGAUUUUUAAUUUACACUUUGUCCCUUACCCUUUACCUAAAUAGCCACUACCUCUGUGCAAAAUGAAAUGGAAACAAGAAAAUCAGAAGAAAAGAUGCUAUCAUUGGAGCAAUUUUAAUUUUUUAUUUUUGUAUGAAUUGUAUAGAAGAGAAAAAAAAAGACAUUGUUCCAUUUCACCAGUGCCAACUGUUUGUUGUUUGUGUUGACUUUGAGCGGGAAAGGCAAAACUCAAAGUUUUCUAAAUCGGUACAUAUGUUGUCUUGCUGGAGUUUCUCAGCAAGACUGUGCGAGACAGAUUCGUGAUAGCACCGUUUGUGUAUAGCACAUGUACAAUGUCAAUACCAGAUGGCAACUACAGUAUUUCCACGUAAUUUCUUCUCAGAGAACAAAUGUUCAUGAAAUGAUUGUGUUGUCUUCCUUGCACAGAAUUCAUAUUUUACGGUAUAGUGUAUACUGUAGGCUUUAUACCGUAGGAUGUAAAACAGGUAUGUUUGUUUUUAUCACAUUGUAUGACAGUUGGAGUUCACGUGUUGCUGCAGUGAGAGGAUGACAGGUGUUUUUAGUGUGUGAUUAUGGAGGUGGAGAGUGGGGAAGUUGGUCAUGGGUUAAACAUUCCAGGCGGAGUGGUGGGUGGAGAUUACAGAUGUAAAGAGAUGGUGAGAGUGAAUGCCUUCAUGGGUGGGCAGUUGGCUGUGCGUACAUGCCCACACCAUAGCUGGCUGAUAACAGGAGGGUCAAAGCAGAUACAAGACUCUGAUGGAUAGAGUCAUGUCUGCACCAUUUAGUUGUCUGUUAACAAGGGUCUUCCUUCAGAAGGAAAGGGAGGCUGGGAUUAUGAUAAAAUCGAAGGAAAAAAUGAUCAUGAUGGGUCUUUUGUUUGUCUUUUUUUUCUCCAGUCUUUUUUUUUUUUUUUUUUUUUGUAAAGACCAGAUAACAUCCAUCUGGCUUUGUGAGUAGAAUUAUCUUUCUACCUUUAGAGGAUCAAAGUCUGUACGUUCACAGUUUUGUAAUGACUCAGUCUUAAGUGCAUUAUGUUCAUUUGGUCUUUAGCAUUUCUCUGCUCUUCCUGAGCUCUUUCUAAUCUCUCACUCUCCUCUGUGCCCUGCUGCUGCUAAUGCUACCAUUCCGGUCGCUCUGACACGUCCUUACGCUCAGCCUCUGUCCCAAAAUGCUGCUUUCUGUCAGAAAAUGUGUCAGCCAUAUCUUAAUGCAUGUGAAAAGUAACACCAAUCUUUGAUGUAACUACAAUAACAAGUUUUUAUUUUUGCUUACCUGUCAGCGAGUGUUAUUUUAUGCUGUUGUAUAUGUUUUGUCUUUAAUUGAGAGAGAAGUACAAUCAUUUUACCUAAAGAACAUUUUUGCAAAAAUCAUACAUGCAUUUUCAGAAUUUCUUUUUUUUUUUUUUUUUUUGAUUAGUCCUUUUUUUU